CAGGUGAGGGAGUUCUCCACGACCGCGGCGCACAGGCGACGGACGACCGACCACCGACCACGACCGGGACGUAGCAAGGGCGGCGACCUCGACACCUCAGCUGCUGGCACGCACUACUCACAGCACGACCACAUGGCGGUUUCCACCCUCAACAUGGCACCCUACUUUACGGGAUACCCUUUUCAAGGCCAGGGCCGCGUGAACCAGCUCGGAGGGGUGUUCAUCAAUGGGCGGCCGCUGCCCAACCACAUUCGGCUGAAGAUCGUCGAGAUGGCGGCGGCCGGCGUGCGGCCGUGCGUCAUCUCCCGCCAGCUGCGCGUGUCGCACGGCUGCGUCUCCAAGAUCCUCAACCGCUACCAGGAGACCGGCUCCAUACGGCCCGGUGUCAUCGGCGGCUCUAAGCCGCGCGUAGCCACGCCCGAGGUGGAGGCGCGCAUCGACGACUACAAGAAGGCCAACCCGGGCAUCUUCAGCUGGGAGAUCCGCGACCGCCUCAUCAAGGACGGCGUGUGCGACAAGAACAGCGUGCCCUCCGUGUCGUCCAUCAGCCGGCUGCUGCGCGGCGGCCGCCGCGACGACGCCGACCUCCGCAAGAACCACUCCAUAGACGGCAUCCUCGGUCCGAGCAGCGCCGACGAGUCGGACACGGAGUCCGAGCCGGGCAUCCCACUGAAGCGCAAGCAGCGGCGGUCGCGGACCACGUUCUCCGGAGACCAGCUGGAGACGCUGGAGCGCGCCUUCCAGCGCACGCAGUACCCAGACGUCUACACCCGCGAGGAGCUUGCCCAGAAGACGAAGCUGACAGAGGCACGGGUGCAGGUGUGGUUCAGCAACAGGAGAGCACGCCUCCGCAAACAGCUGAACAGUCAGCAGCUGAACGCCUUCAACUCCAUGUCGCUACAACCGGCAUUCCCCACGCAGUACGACCCCACAGCCAACUUCAAUGCACAGGGCCACGCUAGCUCGUGGGCGCAGUCGGGCUACCCCACGGCGUACAACGCGGCAGCAGCCGCCGGCUACGGCGCAGCAGCAGCGGCCGAGGCGGCUGCGGCGGCGGCCGUGGCCGGGGGCGGCGUGGGCGGCGGCGUCGGCGUGGGCGGCAUGGCGCAGGCGGCGGGCGGCGGCGCCGCGGUGGCGCAGUUCGGCGGCUACCCCGGCGCCGGGAGCGGCGCCGCGGCGCAGCACUGCCAGGCGUCGCCCUGGACGCGGCCGCACCCCCAGCACCCGCAGCCCGUCCAGACCAAGCAGGAGGUGUCGGCCGCCGCCGCCGCCGCUGCCGCCUGCUGGCCCGACAACUACAGUUUGUUUGCGAGCGGAGCAACGCACUACGGUGGUGCCAACCUGACGCCGCACUCUCCCGGAGAAGCGAAGUCCGGCUACCCGUACUUCGGCCAGCUGAGCAGCAUGGACGCCGGCAUGGUUUGCAGUCGUGUCCACUAGGCUCCACGGGAAGCAGCGAGGAAGGGGCCGGAUGCUGGCCACAUCACACUGUCAUCACGCCGAUGCUACUGUGCCGCCGUCCAAACCUGCUACCGUGUUAUCGAAACUUUACGAUUCGAGCGAACAGACGACGCAACACAGCUUGCUACAAACAUUCUGCUGAAUAUAGGCCAAUCAUAGGACAAAGUGGCACAAAAACCAUUUACUGAUAGCAUAUUCCAACUGCAAGCAGCCACAUGUUGCUCCUCGUCACACCUGACAAAUACUGUGAAUUGGCACACGUCUCUUUUGCUAAACCUAGCAAGUAAUCUCACUAGUGAUCAAGGUAUCUUGAAUGAAAAUAAGAAAUGUGUUAGUGGAUCGUAUGCCAGUAAUAGAGAGCGUGUGACGGAGGUUUUUCCAGCAGAGUUCUCACAUCUGCAGCUUUCCGCUUAUUCAAAACAGUGUAAUCUACAGUGUUGAUUUCAGCUUCGGACAGUUUGAUUCCUGCAGGGAGAUGUCACGAGUGACUCUACAUCUUAAUUAUUUGACUAAUUUUCACGGAACAAAUUGUUCGUUAAGAAAAUAUUCCUGCUACUACGUGUCAUUAUCUCUCUGUCUAUGCUAAAUCAACAAUAUGAUGUUGAUUUGUGUGUGUUAUGUUGGUAACACCAGAAACCAGGUCUCACUUCGAAGACAUUAAAGCGUGGUCGUUUUUUCACAUUGACAAUAAGAAUUCAUAGCUUCAGACGUUAAAGUAAUUCCUCGAACGUUGUUGAAUCUGUGAGCUUUGUUUUCAGUCCAUGUGCAGUUCUCUCUUAAUAUUUUGCUUUAACUGACACAAAUAUCUUAAAACUGCAUGAUUACAGAAUCCUUUAAAAAGAUAGGAGGCAGAAUUGUAAAAUAUUACCAAUUCCAUCCAUUAUA